UCCCUAUACGACGAGAGCGCGCGGGGGCGGCGGCUCGGAAGCCGAACCAGAGCCGAGAGAGUCAAUGGCCGUGGCUGAGUCGGCCGACGCCUUUAUCAAGAAUCUCCAGCGCACGGGAUAUCUGUGUCGCCUCCUCUAACAGUCGCUAUAUAAAAGAACGGGGAGUAUGGAAGCAGGACGCUUCCCCCUUCUCCUUCAUCGGAUAGAGGUGACCAUGGCUUCCGAGCUCUUUCUCUCCCCUCCUCGUCUCUUUCCUACCUACGAUUACUAGGGUAAGCAACAGAGACAGCUGGAGACUCAAGAACUCGCUGGAAAUUUUUAGCAGAUUUUACCGUGCAGUAGUUGCCGGGGGCGUUCGAUCCGGCCGUAAGGAGUCCGGAGCGGAAAUCUGGAGUCUCCGAACUGAGGAUUCGUAAUUAAAGACGAAGGGUUACUCGCGUUAUCUGUGUGCAAAACCAAAGUACGUGUUACAAUCCGUCGAACCAGGGAGUAGAAAAUAAUAAUCUAACCAAAAGACGGAAAUGCCCCUGGCUCACAGUGGGUCUUCCCCAUCUUUUUGAGGAAUUUCGUGAAGGUGGUAGCUGUGAUUUCCUUUGAAUGAGCAGUUCGACCUUUCGCAUUCAUCCAGAUAUUCAUUUGUCGACACAUUGAAGAUGUUGUAAGGAUGUAUGACAUCUGAAAUGAAGACACUGCAGGACUCUCAACCAUGUCAAGCAGAAAAGCAGCCUUCAUCACAAGGGUCACAUGAUUCUCAAGGGGAUCAACAUGACAUACCAGCUACUGAGACUCCUGUUGUUGACUCAGGUUCAGGAUCAAUUUCAAGCAGUGAAAGCAGGAAAGUUUCUCGUGAAGACAUUGAACUUGUCCAGAAUUUGAUAGAACGUUGUCUGCAGUUGUACAUGAAUAGAGCAGAAGUGGUAAAGACUCUUCUAAAUCGGGCAAGAAUAGAACCUGGUUUUACAAGCUUGGUAUGGCAGAAAUUGGAAGAAGAAAAUUCUGACUUCUUCAGAGCCUACUAUAUUAGACUGAAACUGAAAAAGCAGAUAAUGUUGUUUAAUCAUUUGCUUGAGCAACAAUACCGCCUCAUGAAGUGCCCUGUCCCACCAAAAGUUCCCUUGGCUCCCAUGCAAAAUGGAAUCCAUCCCAUGCCUGUUAACAAUCUACCUAUGGGAUAUCCAGUUCUCCAGCAGCCUCCAAUGCAUGCUACUGGGCAACCUCAUCUUGAUCCCAUGGCUUGUGGCUUGUCAAAUUGUCAUGUAGUGAAUGGUGUGCCUGCUCCCAGCAAUUUUCACCCAAUCCGGAUCAAUUCUGGGAAUGAUGCUUCUGCUGAGGUGGGACCUGUGAUUCCUUCAUGUAGUGCCAUGUCAUCUAUGUCAGAAAUGGCUAUGAGUCCUGCUUCUGCAUCAAGUGGUCACUUUCCAUUCAGUUCUACGGAGUUAUCAGGGAUGGGUGUAGAUACACCAGCACUUGAUUCAGCAUUUUCAUCAGAUGUGGCAACCAGCGUUGGUCUGCAGCUUGGUGCUGAUAGUGGGGUCGGCUCCACAAGGGAUUCCAUCAGAUCUCUGGAUCAGAUGCCAUGGAAUUUCAGCUUUUCUGAUCUGACUGCGGACUUGACAAACUUGGGAGAUCUAGGUGCUUUAGGAAAUUACAGUGGGUCGCCAUUUCUGCCAUCUGGAUCAGAUAUUCUAAUCGAUUCUCCAGAACAUGAUGUUGAAGAAUUCUUUGUUGAUUCAGUGGCUGGAACAUGCUCUCAAUCUGAUGAAGAGAAAACAUAAAAAAUGGUGAGGAUCCCCCUUUCCUAUCUAAGCAUAUGAUUGUCAAAUUUAUGGGACCGAGGUAGAUCUUUUGAGGCUGUGGACGUCUUUUGGCUUCUCUUUUUGUCAGCUGGUCAGAUAACAUAGAUAGCAGCAUUUACGUGUAAUGAUCUGGGGGAAUACGUUUUAGGGAAAACAUUAUUAAGUUUCUAAAUUUAUUUUGCAGCUGUUCAUUUAUGUUUUCCUUAAAUAUUUGACAAUUAAUUAAUGAGACGUUAAUUACACGCCUAGAUUUGGGCGGACUA